GCCGGCGAGGGGCGGGCUGCUGUGGCCGAUGAUGCCGGAGCCAGGGGCGGUGCCGGCGCUGGUGGCGAGCGCCGCCCGCCCUGCGCAGCCAUGAGGCUGUGCCGGCCCUUUGUUCCCGGGGGCCCGCGGCCGCCCCUCCCGGCCUGAGCCCGCCGGGAGGCAGGAGGAGCCGCUCCCACCAGGAUGCGAUGGGGAACUGCUGGGCGCAGUGGUGCUGCGGGCUGCUCUUCCGGAGGGAUCCCGGCCGCAUCCAGCGCGGCGGAGGAUCCAAGUAUUUUAGAACGUGUUCGACAGGAGAACACUUCACUAUAGAGUUUGAGAACCUGGUGGAAAGUGAUGAGGGGGAAAGCCCAGGAAGCAGUCACAGGCCUCUGACUGAGGAAGAAAUUGCAGACCUGAGAGACAGACACUACGACUCCAUUGCUGAAAAGCAGAGGGUUGUGGAUCUGAAGCUUCAGUCAGAGUUAGCCUUACAAGAGGAGAAGUUAAGACUAGAAGAGGAGGCUUUAUAUGCUGCACAACGUGAAGCAGCCAGGGCAGCAAAGCAGAAAAAGCUCUUGGAGCAACGUAGGCAGCACAGGAUAACGCAGAGGGCACAUGCUGUUAAUAAUGGAGAGUUCCAGAGCUCUGUGGCAGAAGAGGAUCUGGAUCCUUUCCUCAGGAAUACAAAAUUCCAGUAUGAAGCUUUCCGAAGCAGUAGACUUUCAUCUGAUGCCACAGUGCUGACACCCAACACGGAGAGCAGUUGUGACUUGAUGACCAAAACCAAAUCAGUGAGUGGGAACGAUGACAGCACCUCCUUGGAUUUAGAGUGGGAGGAUGAAGAAGGCAUGAACAGGAUGAUCCCGGUGCGGGAGCGCUCCAAGACGGAGGAGGACAUCCUGCGGGCAGCGCUGAAAUUCAACAGCAGGAGGGCAGGCAGCCACCCAGCCUCGGCCUCCGACGACUCCAACGGGCUGGAGUGGGAGAAUGACUUUGUGAGCGCCGGGAUGGACGACAACGGCAACUCCGAGUACGCCGGCUUCGUCAACCCCGUGCUGGAGCUGUCGGGCUCGGACGCGCGGCUGGCGGAGCCCGAGCGCCAGGACAGGUAGUGACCGCCAGGACACACAGUGGCCGCUCCUGCACGGCCCUGCCUGCUCCCAAGGGCUGCCAGGGCAGGUGGAACGCUCGUGGAACCUGCUCUUUCGGAACCCGCUGCCCUUUCUCUCACGCGCCAGGAGCGGGAGGGACUCGCUGCCCGAGGGAACUCAGAACUAAGUGCAAUUUUAUCGGCUACCUUCUCCACUUUUGUGAAAACCGGGGUGAUUCUAUUGUGUAUAUUUCUGGGUAUCUGGAUUUAAUAUACAAUUAUCUGCACUAAUUGAAGCUUCAUAGCUUGACUUAUCUAUAUUUUAACUUGCCUUUUUUUCCGGAUAAUGUUUCUAUUGAUUUUGGUUUAAAAUUCAUCAUUGGCCUAAUAUUUAUCUCAGAAACAGUCUUGUAUAAUUUAUUUAAUACUUGAAGAUAGAGAAAUAAUUUUAAAAUAUUUUUAUUUCUGGUCUGUGCUUUUUGACUUGCUCUUCAGCUGUUUAGACGGUGCAAAACUAAGAGCUGCAAAACAAAUCUGACACAUGGCAAACUGCAGAUUUUCCCCUGUCUGGGUUAAAGUUUUCCUAGUCUCAUGUUGUCCUUUUUCCAUUUACUUUUAUUUUUUUAAUUACUUUAUGCUAAGCAGGGUUAAUCUUAAUGAACAUAGUAAAACUCAGCAGGUUAGGUAAGAUAUUGCCUUGUUUAAUAUGCCAGACUUAGUAAGCGUGUGCUAGAUAGAAAAACAAAAAUAAAAUAAAAAAUACAGAUUCUCUAUGUGUCAAUAAAAUGGGAAUUUUAACCAGUGGAGAACUGGGAGGACCAAAGUCUUGUUUUCCCAGCCCCCCUGAACAGACCAACAUUUGUUGCUACAUGGCCCUUAAAGUUCUUCAGUUGUGAAAGUUUGUAAUUCCACUGGACCAGAACAGUUACGGAAAAGCAACAUUCAGUGACAAAGUGGGGGAGGGAAGGACAAGAACCUCAAGACUGAACUUCUAUAUCUACAUUUUGAAGAGAAAGGAGAAUUCAUGUUUUAACAGUGUGUUAAAGUGCUCUGCCUUUCCUGUGCCUCUAAAGUGGAUUGGUAAUCCUGCUAAUAGGGGCUGAAAUCCAAGGAGGUGUUCAGUGACUGCACCACUGCUGUCCUGGGCUGUGUGGUCUGCCCCUUACUUUUUAACAAAAGAGAACCUGCAAAAUACUUGCAGAUCUCAAGCUUUCCCAAAGUUUCAAGGUAAAGCCAUUCUACUCUGCCAUUAUUUUGUGUAGCUGUCUCAUUUUUCCAUGGAAAAAGGGUGACAGGGUUUAACUCUGUUUUGGAGUAAAAGGAACAUGUUGUGAUAAGUAAUGAGCCUGUGCUGUCACCAUCAGAACUGAAUUUGUUGGUGAAAGUUGUGUUGCUGGUUUAGAUCACCUGAAACUAUUUGGAAUAUUUGGGUCAUUGCAGUGUGGACAAGGAAGAAAAAUGCUGCACACUGGGAUUAAAUAUAACCUGAGAGAACAGAUAAAUCCUGUUGGUAACAUUCCAUCUCUUCAUUUCAGUUGUAGCUAUGUCACUGAGAAUAUUUUACUGCCAUUAUUUAUAUUUGCAAUACUUGUAAUGAGCUUUAAAGAUCUGUACACAUCAAAUGUAUAUUUUGGGUUUGGCCUAAGCUACUGCUGUGUGACUUCUCCUGGGUAUUUCUUUGUAUAAUAUAUUACUGUGGGAAGGAAGGAAGGAACUUCCUCAACAUGUAAAUAACAUGUUUUUUACCUGCUGAAACUGUCACCUCCCCUGCCCUGGUCACUGCUUUUCCUGGCCAGAGAAUGUGAGGUGACCUUGUCCUGACCAUGCCUUGAGGAAGUCAAUUAGCUGACAGUCCUGCCCUUGGGAUGAACAAGCACUUAGGAAAAAGGAGGCUGACUCCAGCUUUUUCUGUGAUGGGCAUGUUCUGCAGCCAUGGUUAAUGACAACAUUUGCAGUGCUCAGUGCACCACGCCGAGUGACUUCGAAGUGAUGCUCCAUAUUUGUGGGUAUGUGAGAAAUCGAGAGAUUCUAUAAACAGCUCAUGUGAAACAAUUCAAGGGUACUGUAAAAUGCAUAUCUGUACAAAUUUAGAAGUCAUUAAAAUUCUCAGCAAAUCUUA